AUGGACAACUUGUACAGUUCCGCCCCAGAGUAUAUGGGCAACACCAUAUCAGACAUCAACCAACAGCUUUUGAAUGGUAUUGGCGCCGAUUAUGAUUUUGAAGACCUUUCAUCCGAAGCAUUGUCAUCCGAAGAAUUGAUCAAACAGUUCGACUUAGAAGCAACUCAAGACAUGGCUCCGAGUACAGUCACGGAAAACCCUCAGCUUCCAGUUGAUCCUAACCUUCUGUCGACCGUUGACACUCCGGCUUCAUGCAACCUAAACUCCCCGUCGGAUAUGUCCAACAACUUGGGAGCUCCAAUGGCUCAUGUUAGCCAUCAGCUACAGGACCCAAUUCUCGUGCCAAGGACAUCUUUGGUGCAGCAGCCCCGACCAGUUCAUCAAGCUAUGGCACAACCCAACAUGCCUGCAGUGAGAAAUGCGGCCUCCGCUAGAGGUUCCCAAAGCUUUGAUCUCGCAGCAAAUGUUCAGUUGCCACUCUAUAGCACUCGUGGGCAAGCAAACCCCCUCGUUCAGCCCAAUUACCCCGUCUACAACUCCUAUCAACCCAGUUAUCAUUACCCGGAAAAUGGUAUCGAAGGGAACUACGGUACUCAAGGUAUUGCCCAGUAUCCGCUUCAGCCUCCAGCCGCAAUCUCAACACAGUCUAUGCACAACAUAAUCCAAGUAAGCAAAUGCGCCAGUUGCCGUCGCGACCCUCACCCUGGCCCAUGCUUUCCGCAUGCAGUUCCCCAGAAUCGUCGACCACCUCAACAAAAAAUCCAGCAAGUGCCAUACCAAGAACCAGAUGGCCGGCCGGCUUGGUUGCAGACACCUCCUAAGCGCAAGCGGCAAGCUGCAUUUGACGACGACUCCGACCUGGAAGUUCCCUCAAAGCAGCCUCAUAAGAAGGGACGAAAUCCCAGGACUAAACGUGGAAAGGAAAAGGAUCCUGAGAUUGGAAUCAAGAUGUAUGGGCUGUUCCGCUUCCCGACUCUAGACUGGAUCUCGCGUAGAGGAUUCGAAUUCUCGUACUUGCCCACAGGACAAUGGGAGAAAAAGAUUCUACUCUCGGCCGAGGACUUGAAGGACUAUAUCUACAACUGUCCUCGAAGUUCAAGGCUGUGGAUUCAACAAAAUCCAGCGCAGUGCACAGAACGAACUAUCGAUGCCGACACUAUCUGUCGGUACUCGAAAUGCCCAGAUGCAAACCACACGAUACGACCUGGCUGGUGCCGCAUAGCGUUUGACGAGUUUUAUCCCUAUACCUCCUGUGGCCAGAAAGAUCCUUUCAAGAUGGCCGGUGUUAUGCAUCUCUGGUGCUUCGAGCAGUGCAUAGACCCCGUAGAGGUGAUGGCAAAUGGGAGGAUGGUGCCAGAUGAUCGCGAUGAUGGGGACCUUGUCAAGGAGAAACUAAACAAAAUGGCCAUCACUCGAGAUUCUGAUACAAGGAUCGUCGAGGAUACUAUCAGGCCUUGGUUUAGAAAGCGUGCAGGUCAAGCACGACAAGCCCCGUAUGCGAAUCACGAGGACUCUCUCUCCUUCGCGCUGGUUAAGCACCAUCUGGAUCACCAAGUCGGGGCUCGUCAUAGGAGCCGCGGCGGCCGCAAUAAGGAUAGGCCAGAAAGCGAGUUGAAGACCAUUGACGUUCACAUGGGCCGCCUUGACUUCUGGGCUGAGCGUGACACUGCUUCCAGGAAGAAAAGGGCGUCGAAGCAGUCCCGUGCUGUUGCGCCUGAGCCGGAUAAGUUACCUACUCCGAUGACCUCCAAUGGACUUCUUCCUACACGAAAGUCUGCUGAAUUGACACCCAAUGGCUCGACAAAGAACUUCAGCGAUAUGCUGUCCAGUGUUUCCGUUGACAAUAACUAUCAGUUUGAAUACGGCGGAUUCAGUCCCAGGUUGAAGGAGGAGCCAGUCGAGAAGCUCGAGGACAACUCAAACUGGUCCAAGCCUCCCACAGGCGAACCAAGAUUAUCAAUCAGCGCUCUUCUGUCCCCUAGCGACUUCUUUUUGGGACAGGAGACCUUUGUGCAACCAUGUCCUAAGGUAGAGACUCAUCGCCAAGAUCAGCUUGUCUUGCCACCACGACGAAGCCCCCGCUUCUCGGCUGGAAACACUCGUCAGUCUUUCCAGACCGAGACCAAGGCUACCACUUCCCCAGCAAAAUUUCAAGCCUCUGGCUCGUUGUUGCCUACGGAGGGUUCUAGGAAAGAAUCCCUGGCUGUGCCCUCUACACCAAAGGGCCAGAGAGCUCCUUCGUUGAGUGACGACAGUCUUUUCGGCUCGCCAGUCAAGGACAAAUCCCCUCGCCAGGCGUCUAUUCGCGCUGGCGAGGAAGUUCAGGGCUCACCUUUGAGGAGAAGCAGCAGAAUGAGCGCUAAGAAGACGCCUUGA